AUGAGCACCGACGGCACCGAUGGUGGCGAUGGAGUCUGUCGGAAUCUGUGGCCCGCCGGCGCUCAGAUGGCGAAGACGGCGGAAGAUGACAACGUAGAGGAUAUAAUUGCUGCAGAGACUCGUCAGCAGUAUGGCUCGUCGCCAUUCUCGGACAGCGACUCUGCCGCAGACUUCAAUUCGCAGAGCAGCACUAAUUGCACCGUCACUGGCCGCCGCAUCCUCAAGCCCGUCUCCCGCAAGGGCCGCGCCGGCAACACCAACAACAAUAACCCUGAAGUUUUCCAUCGAGGCAGCCACAACAACACCUGGGUCCCUAAGGGAUUCGUUCAUGAAGACGCCGACGUCUUCGGCACCCCUACCACGCGUGGUGCUUUUGGUGACCAGUCGACUCACAAGGCUACGCGUACUCAGCCGGGCAGCGAAACCCCUCGAACUUCGAAAGCCCUUCGACUCCACAACCCUGUGAUGACUCGAUCUGGUUUGGAAGGCGACGAAGGAAGUCCAGGCGCUGGUCUUAUUCUCGACUUCGAACCGAGCCCGAAGCACUAUCUUGCUCUCGGCAUGAAGAACAAGAUGCCCUCAAACCCCGAAUGGCGCCAAACCGACACCCCGGUCGUCACUCCGCGCAAGGCAGGAAAGUCCAUCGAAGGUGGGCGUGUUCCCGACCGACCCCAAUCAGUCAAGACCGCUCCUCCUGCCAUGUCAGCCCCCGGAAAUCAGCUGUUCGUUCACGAUCCCAUGGAAAUGGAGGAUGAUUCGCCUUCCCUCCGCCCUCUCCGUCGCCAAUUGGGAAACCUCAAAGUCUCCCAGCGCCCACCCGAGCAGGCUGGGGUUCGUCCUAUGGACACUUUCGUCUUUGCACACGGCGCCGAGCUUCCUCAAACGCCUACCAAGAGAGGCCGAGGAGAGUUUGACAGAACUAACUCCCUCUACGGAAGAGAUGUUGCUCGUGAGCGGGAGAUUCUUUCGCAGUAUGCCGUCGCGACUGCCCCGGGAGAGAACCACGACGAGGAUGAGGAUGAAGAUGUCGAAAUGGGCGAGGAAACGCCCAAGGCGUCAAUCCUCAACAGUCACCUGCAGAAGAAGUGA